GAAAUGGAAUGCCUGCAGAAAAAUCUGGAUCAGUUGACGGAGAAGUGCAAGGCCGUGGUGAGUAACUUCACCCAGGAGGAGGCUGAGGAUAUUCAGAUGGAUAGGAUUCUCAUGAGGGCCUGCACUCCCAUGAUCAAGAAGUUUUGUGGGGAGCUAUUGGACAGUGAUGCCAUUCCAAAUGAAGUUUUAGAUUGCCUCAUUGAGCAUAAGAACCGAAAUGACAUGGAUGAAAAGUGUGCAGCCGGCAUCGAACAUCACCAGAUUAUAUCACUGAAAGACUUCAAGUUCAAUUCAAAAUUCCGUGAGGCCUGCCAGACGGCUGUUGCCAGGAACUGUAAGAAUAAAAAAACAAAGUAUGAUGUGAUUGCCUGUUUGAGUGAGCACGUGAGGAAUGAUACCCUCUUGGAGAGUCCUCAGAGAAUUGAUGACCGCUGUCGGAAGCAGCUCAAGUUCGAGCUGCUGCAGAGGGGGGAGACAAUUAACAUGGACCCGGAGCUGAAGGCGAAAUGUGGCGGGGACAUAGGACUUUUCUGUCUUAACAAGAGAUCUGGAGAAGGAGAGAUUAUGGAAUGUCUCCGGGCCCACAAGAAAGAGCUUUCCAACCCUUGUCACAAAGUUGUGUUCCAGAGAGAGAAAGAUGAUGCUUUGUUUGGGGACUACACAUUGCUACAUGUAUGCAAGAAAAUGAUUAAGGAAUAUUGUGAUAUGAACGGUGAUGAAGCAGACAUCUUUAACUGCCUGAAGGCCAGUAAAAACAAGGAUGGUUUUGAUGACCGGUGUCGCCAGAUUGUAGUGCGUCGCCAGAUUGAGAAGUCUCGAGACUUCAGACUGAAUCCACACCUGCAGAAGGCAUGUAAGCUGGACAUUCCAAAGUUCUGUCCUCAAGUCUACAAGGAGGGGGCCCACAAAGAUGGUGAGCUGGAGGGGCAGGUCAUUGACUGUUUGAAGAAGAUCUACGCCUCAAAAACUAAGACUCUUACCAAAGACUGUGAGCAUGAGAUACAGUCUCGGGUGAAAGAAGCAGCCCUGAACAUCAAUUUGAAUCCGGUGCUGAUGAAGACAUGCAAGCUUGAUAUCAAGUACUUCUGCCUGGAUGCCAUUGCUAACGUUAAACAAGUGGAAUCUAACGAGAACCCUGAAGGCUACAUUGUCCUCGGAAGUGGCGGAAUCAUUGAGUGCCUUAAGAAAAACUUCAAGAUCCUGAAAGAUCCAGAAUGCAAGAAGGAAGUCGCAUAUGCAGUUGCCGAGAGCAGAAUAGACGUCCACGUUGAUCCUCUGCUAAAUAACGUCUGCCAGCAGGAUCUGAUAACAAACUGCAGGGAGGUACCUCAAGGUCAAGGCAGACAGAUGUCCUGCCUGCUGGCAUAUCUGGAAACUGAACCCAGUUCUCUGACCAGGAAUUGCAAGGAAAUGCUGCAACGCAGGAAGGACUUAUGGGAAUUAGCUGCACAAGUGGCGCCAGCAGAAAGCUUCUCUGAGAUAUACGAUCAGAUGUCGUCAUCGCCGGCCCGCAACUAUUUCUUUGCGAUUUUAUUUACAGUUAUCGGCGUCAUUUUCAUAGCAGGGCUCACCUGCGGUCGCGUCACAAAGAGGAUCAGGGCAGAGGUCAAGAACAAAUAA